CUCAUUAUGCUAAUAGCCUCGUGUGGUGAUGCCAACAAUAGUGUGAAUCACUACCCGAAUGGAAUCAUUUCUCUUAGCACCACGCUAUCAGAAUUGGGUUACUUUGGUAAUGACAUGGAAACGAAAACAGGAAGUAUGAAAAGGAGGAAAAUAGUCGAAGGAAUAAUCAAAAUGGCGGCCGACGAGUGGAGGCGGUGUGCGGAAUGGCUCGUUCGGUGCCAGAUUUUACCAGCUGAGCACAAAGCAACGAAGAAGGAUGCAACUGCUUUUGACUUAGCCCAAGCAUUGAGAGACGGUGUCUUAAUAUGUCAUCUGCUAAAUCAGUUGUCCCCAGGCAGCGUCGAUUUAAGAGACUUUAGUUCUCGGCCACAGAUGUCACAGUUCCUGUGCAUGAAAAAUAUACGAACAUUUUUGCAAACAUGUUCGAAAGUUUUUGGUCUUCGUGAAAUAGACCUGUUCCAGCCGCAUGACUUGUUUGAUGUGAAAGACUUUAGAAAAGUCCUAGAUACCCUAUCCAAGCUUUCCAAGACAAGUAUUGCACAAAAAAAAUACCGUGGUUUUGGUCCACAUGGCAACGGUAGGGAAUCCUCAGACCACCAAUAUUACAAUGAUCUGGAGCGCUUGGCAACAGGUUUUCCGCCUGAGACCAAGACCAAACCUUAUGAAGAUGAUGAUGAGGACAUAUAUGGGAACCUACAGGAGCUUGCCAUUGAAAAUGACCUUGAGGAUCAAGAGGACAUCUAUGAUGUGGUGUAUCGAGAUGAGGACAAGAUCUAUGAUGACUUGUGUUACCGACCUAGCAGCAAGCGUCUUUCUACUGCUAGUACAGCUUUGGAGCCAAAGACAAAACGAGACCACUGUCUCAAAGAGCUGAUUGACACAGAAAAGAAUUAUGUUGAUGCUUUACAGAUGAUUGUUCAGCACUUCAUCAGGCCACUGACUAACCAGCUUCAAGCUUCAGACAUGGAGAUCGUCUUUGCUCACAUAGAAACCCUUCAUGAAGUUCACAAAAACUUCUAUGUUGAAUUGAUUUCGUCAGUCACGAAAGGCACUCCCAAGCUGGCAGAGGUUUUUGUAAAUUAUAAGACCAAGCUGCUGGUGUAUGGAGAGUACUGCUCCAAUCUCCCACGAUCUCAGGCUCACAUUGACCAACUCUGCCAGAAUGAGUACAUUCGCACAAAAAUACAGGAAUGUGAGAGGAGAGCCAAUGAAGGCAAAUUCAGGCUGCGAGAUUUGCUGCAUGUCCCAAUGCAAAGGGUACUCAAGUACCACUUGCUUAUGCGGGAGCUGAUCAAGAACACAGAUCGCAAUCAUGAAGACCGAGAAGAUCUUGAUAUGGCACUGGAAGCAAUGCAGGAUUUAUCUCUCUAUGUCAAUGAGGUGAAGCGGGAUCAUGAGGCCCUUCAGCUUAUUGAUGAAAUUCAGCAGAGCAUAAGUGAUUUAAAAAUGCCUCCAAAUACAUCCCUCAAGGACUAUGGACGGUUCCAAAAAGAUGGUGAAUUAAAAGUCCUGUCACAUAUGGAUAGCCGAGUGCGAAACAGACAUAUCUUUCUGUUUGACAAAGUCAUGCUUAUGUGCAAAGCCAGGGGAGAGACCUAUAGUUUCAAAGAUGCCAUUGUUCUUGGGGAGUACAAAACUGACGACAGCGGUGGCAAUUUGAAGGAUGAGAAGAAAGGAGAGAAGUGGAAUUUUCCCUUCAUCAUGGUCAAGAUAGACAAACGCAAUGCUUACUUUUUUGCUAAGACCGAAGAGCAGAGGCAAAAAUGGAUGGAAGCCAUUGCUCUUGCUCUCGAUAACACACAGCCAGCAGCAGCGGGUUCUUGUAGAAGCUACAUUAUGCACACAUUCGAGAAACCUAAAGAAUGUGAUGUGUGUGGCAAGCUUCUCAGGGGCAUUUUCUUCCAAGGCUAUUUGAAUCAAGAUAACAAUAUGGCUGUGCACAAAGAAUGUAUUGGAAAACCAGACAAAACGAAAAACCGCAGGCCACCUCGACCACCACAGGACAAGGGGGAGACUAACAAGGAAGUGUAUAAAGCAAAAGCAACUAUGCAUUAUCGAGGGUUACCUCUACCACCUCCUCAUAUGCGACCACCUUUGGCUUUUGAGAAGGAUGAUGUUGUUGAAGUGUUGUCUCAGACAGACUCAGAAUGGUGGAAGGGCCGGUUCAGAGGGGAAGAAGGUUACUUUCCUUCCAAGUUGUAACCAUCAUGAGGUUAAUGCGGAAGGAGUCCUAUCUCCCUGUGCACAAAGAUGGCCGGGUCGUGUCUAAUGGAGACUCGAGCCCUGUAUAUAGAAUGAGCCCAUCGCCUUCUACCCUUCCACCCCCAGCCCCACAUGCUGUACAGGUUGGGCCCGAG